CCGCCGCCCGGCGCCGCGGUUGUUCAAGAUGGAGGGCGCCCUGCGGGCGCCGCUGCGCGUCCGGCUGCUGCUGUUGGUGGCGCUGCCAGCCGCGGGGUGGCUGACCAGCCGCGCGCCCGGGCCGCCGUCCCCAGCUCGGCAGGAUGGCGUCAGAAUCAAUGUAACUACCCUGAGAGACAACGGGGAGGUGUCGAAAGAACAGGUGGUUCUUAACAUAACCUAUGAGAGUGGACAGGUAUAUGUAAAUGACUUACCUGUAAAUAGUGGUGUAACCCGAAUAAGCUGUCAGACUUUGAUAGUGAAGAGCGAAAAUCUGGAAAAUCUGGAGGAGAACGAAUAUUUUGGGAUUGUCACUAUAAGGAUCUUAGUUCAUGAGUGGCCCAUGACAUCUGGUUCCCGUGCACGGCUAAUUGUUAUUCAAGAAGAGGCGGUAGAGAUUGAUGGGCGACAGGCUCAACAAAAGGAUGUGAUUGAAAUUGACAUUUUAGUUAAGAACCAGAGAGUACUCAGACAUUCAAAAUUUUCCCUUCCUUUGGAAGAAAGCAUGCUUUAUUCUCUUUCCCAAAACAGUGACAUUUUAUUUACUCUUCCCAACUUUUCUAAAAAAGUAGGAAGCGUUCCUUCAUUGCAGACCACCAGCCACUACCUCAUCGGGAGUGUAGAAACCACCGUGGAGGGAAAUGCGUUACCUGGCAAACUGCCUGAGACUCCUCUCAGAGCCGAGCCCCCAUCUUCAUACAAGGUAAUGUGCCAGUGGAUGGAGAAUCUCAGGAAAGCACUCUGUCGGUUCUGGGGCACUGUGUUCCCCGUGUUCUUCAUGUUCCUCAACGUCAUGGUAGUUGGAGUUUUGGGUGCAGCAGGAGUCCUAGCCGUGUUAAAGGUGCUUUUCCCAGUUUCUGAGAACAAAGGAAUUCUGCACGUGGAUAAAAUGAAUGCCAUGCCUGUGGUACCUAUCAUCUUAUACCCAGAUGGUUCUGACAAAACAGAAGAAAAACUUAAAGAUAAAACGUGUAUUUAAAACACCAUCUCCAAUCAUGGACUCUGAAUUAGUCUAUUGUCUGCAGACUUGCCAUUUGAAUACUGCUUUAUUUAAAUCAUUAAUCAGUUUGUAUGUAGAAAUUGCAAAAUUCCCAAGACUGUCUGAAAAUUGACCUUCACUGUGCCAAGUUAGAGUUCACCUCGUCCCACACAUGGACUGUCUGUUCAAGAGAUGAAUUAUUAAGGAGAAAGUGGAAAAGAUAUGACUUCAAAACAACCAGAAUGAUAAAGGGUAAAACAGCACCACGUGCUAGUAGCUUCCAGGUGUCUUUGCUGCAGAAACUGUCUGUUGAUUACUAUUGUAAGGGGUUAUAAGAAGCACUUUAUGAAAUUAUAAUUUAAAAAUGGAAGAAUUUAACACUUUUUUUUUUUUAACUCAGUACAAUGUGCCUUUGUGUCACACACAGGACUUGGCAUGAAAUCACUCAAGUGUAUCAUGUCUGUGUUUGUGCCAAAACUGCUUACCUUGACUGCACCAGGGUUUCAAGUAGCAGUGACACACAUUCUCACUCUACAAUAAACUUUUUUAAAAGA